AUGGCUUGCAACCUCAUCACCGCAGAUAUGUCGGCCGAUAGAACGAACGAGGCCAUCGACCGCCUGAACGCCGAGCUCACAGCCUCUAAGAUAGAGCUUGCAGCCUCUGAGAUAGAGCUCGCAGCCUCUGAGAAGGCGCUCGCAGCCUCUAAGAAGGAGCCCGCAGCCUCCUAUGGAAAAAAAUGA